UGCUUCCCAACAAACAUAUAUUUCCAUUUUAAUGGCUGCAAAAGUUGAUCCGUUGGUGGUUGGAAGAGUAAUUGGGGAUGUAGUGGACAUGUUCGUGCCCAGUGUCACUAUGUCUGUGCACUUUGGCAACAAACAUGUUACAAAUGGUUGCGAUAUCAAACCCUCUAUUGCGGCUGAUCCUCCAAAAAUCACCGUGGGUGGCCAUGCUGCUGACCUUUACACUCUGGUUAUGACGGAUCCAGAUGCCCCCAGUCCGAGUGAACCCAAUAUGCGAGAGUGGGUGCAUUGGAUUGUGACAGACAUACCAGGGUGCACUAACGUCGCUCGAGGGAAUGAGGUAUUGGGGUAUGUCGGACCACGUCCGCCGGUAGGGAUCCACAGGUACAUACUGGUACUUUUCCGGCAGAAGGCACCAAUGCCGGGAAUUUUGCAGCCGCCACUAGCUAGGUCUCAUUUCUGCACUCGGGCGUUUGCGCACCAGCUUGAUCUCGGCGUCCCUGUUGCCACUGUUUAUUUCAAUGCACAUAAGGAGCCAGCAAAUAGGAAGCGCUGAGCGAGCUGCUUUCACUAUCAGUGGAUUUUAUUUUGUUGUCAGUAAUUACUUUUUACUACUAGUAUAUUCUGGCACUUAUUAUUAGCCAGCUUAUUCUGCAACGUAAAGUAUGAUUUUUAUGUUUGCUAGAUGUUGCUGUAUUGUUAUGUACCUAUAUUACGCGCAUAAGUAUUUUCU